AGAAACAAUGCACAAGGAACUUGAAGGGUAUAUAAGAGAGAUGUCGUCCUUUUGACUCGAGAAGUCUGGCAAUUUUUGAAAAGAAAUCAACCCCAGCCUGCGUAGGGACCUUUGAGAAUUACUCAUUUGAUAAAAGCAAAUAAUCUGCACAGAACAAAGAGCAACUAUGGGCAAUCUAGUUCUAAAGGAUUUUGUAAGGAAAGAAUUUGAAGAUUUAAAGAGCGAUUUGAAUAAAGGCAACGUCCCCAAAGUGGCAGCAGAAUACCAAAAACAUUUAAAGAAAAUACAAAAUCUGUCCCUUAAUAUCGCACUUACUGGAGAUGCAGGUGUUGGGAAAUCCUCCUUUGUCAAUGCCUUCCGAGGAGUAAGUGAUGAUGAUGAGGAGGCAGCCGAGGUCGGGCCAGGAAAAGAAACCUUAGUGAUAAAGGCAUAUCCUCACCCUUCUUUCCCAAAUAUAAAAAUAUGGGACCUUCCAGGGAUCGGAACAUAUAAGGUUAAGGCAGCGAAAUAUCUGAAGAAUGUCCAAUUUGAAAGAUACGAUGUCUUUAUUAUGGUUAUUUCUGAUCGUUUUACUGAAAACAAUAUUAUGCUGGCAAAGGAAAUACAAAGAAUGAAGAAGAAGUUUUACUAUGUGUGUAGCAAAAUAGAUGUCACUAUCAACAAUGAAAAGUGGAAAAAGAAUUUCAAUGUGGAGGACACCUUGGUAUCCAUGAGGCAAUAUUGUGAAGAUAGCUUGAAAGAGGCAGCUGGGAUUUCCUCAAGUGUGUUUCUGGUAUCCAGUCGGGAGGUACACAUGUAUGAUUUCCCUCUUCUGCAAGAGAGAAUAGCUGCUGAACUUCCUGACCACAAGAAAGAUAUUUUAACACUAUCUGUGCAGAUUUUCUCAGAAAAUGAAUUGAUGAGGAAAAAAGAGCUAAUGAAAUCCUAUAUAAAGAAGGUAGCGUUGAUAUCUUGUGCUUUUGGAGCAGUGCCUGUCCCAGGUCUCUCUAUUGCUUGUGACAUUGGAAUUUUGGUAGAUGCUCUGAGAUGUUUCUGCAGGGUGUUUGGCUUAGAUGACCGGUCUCUCCGUUUUCUGGCACUACAGACGGGAAAACAAUUUGAAGAGCUGAGGUCGGCUAUCAAGAAAACCCCAUUAGCCAACGCAGUCGAUGCAGAAUUGGUAUUUUCUCUCUUGAUGAAGUCAUCUCUCUGGGUCGCUGUGUCGCUGGUGGAAAUGGCUCUUGAUUUCAUACCUCUUAUCGGGUCUGUGUUUGGUGGAGCGAGUUCAUACCUUGUCACGUAUCAUUUUCUGAACAGCUUUCUUGACGAUGCUGUGGAAGACGCCCAAAAUAUUCGUGCAAAACUUCUUCAGCAACCAGAAUCCCAGGGGAAGUUUAAAGACACCUCCCAAAACCUCCUUUGAAGGAAACAGUCAAGCAUUUCAUCCAAAUGAAACAGAUGGAGAAAAAUAAUAAUGUUUCAAUGCCUUUUUUAGGAGAACAAAUUUUCUUGUGUUUAAGAAUUCUCUGAUUGAAAUAUGUGCUUGAUCAUCCAAAGGGCAAAGGAAUACCCCUAUCUGCAGGUAUCUUCAUGGGAACUCAAAAAUUAAAUAUUUAUCUUUAUUGUUUGGGGGUGGUUGAUUUUUCUCUUUUUCUUUCUUUUCUGUUCUAUUUGUAACAAUUCUAAAUAACAAAACAAUAGAGAAUUUGAUGAGAAUUUGAAGCUGCAUAUUUCAUAGCGGUUUUUGAAAAAUAUCAUAAAAAAACAAUAUAACAAUCUGCUCAAGAUGUCUCAUUAAUAUUUUGGAGCCUUUGUUUCUUUGUUUAUUAAAUUCAUUUGCCAUCUAUCUCAUUUCAAGAUGA